GCUCAGGAUACGAGUCGCGAUGUUAUUCAGGCUGUUCAUGUUGUAUAUAAUACCAUCGCGAUGUUAUCCCAUCGUUGCAGAGAGGGGAAGCUUCCCAGGUUACGGCUCAUCGUCACUAGAUCUCCUGUGAUCCCACACUCGUUUAAUUGUCAGAAAGGGGGAAUCUACCCUUGACGCAGGAUGCAUCUGCCCACCCUCCUUCUCGCCGCCACGAGCGUGGUAGGCAUCACAGCUCAAGGCAAUCACCCGCUCAUGCGCCGAGCCGACGACAACGCCCCUGAGACGGCAGCAAACAAGACCACAGUCGAGCCCAAACGCUUCAUCGUCGAGUUCGACAAGGGCGCCGACGCAUCAGCCCUAGCCGCGGAAAUCGCCAACCAGCGCGGCGCCAAGGUCCUCCGCGUCUUUACCAGCGACAUCUUCACCGGCGCCGCCGUUGAGACGGGUGUGGAGAACAUUGACUCGCUCCAGGCUCUCGAGCCGGUUAAAGUAGCAUGGCAGUCGAGGAAGCUGAAGCUCGCGCCCAGCACGCCGCUGGCGUCGUUUGUGGAGAAUGCUACUGCUAUCGACUAUGAUAUUCACCAUAUGACUGGUGUCGAUAAGCUGCAUGAGGCUGGUGUGUUGGGAAAGGGUGCUAAGGUUGCUGUUGUUGAUACUGGGAUUUGGUAUACCCACGAAGCGCUCGGUGGUGGAUUCGGUGAAGGCUUCAAGGUUGCUGGUGGUUAUGACCUUGUUGGUGAUGGAUCUUGGCCAACCGAGGGUGAAGUCAAGAAUCCCGAUGCCGACCCCUUGGACCAGCAAGGCCACGGAACUCACGUCGCCGGCAUCAUCGCCGUCUUCGGCACAGUAGACGGCACCGACGAAGACACCCUCAUCGAAGCCUUUCUCGCAGCCUACGAAGCCGGCGUGGACAUCAUCACCUCCUCCAUCGGCGGCAUCAGCGGCUUCACAGACAACGCCUGGGCCGUCGUCGUCACGCGCCUCGUAGACCAAGGCGUCGUCAUCACCAUCUCCGCCGGCAACGACGGGCAGGCCGGGGCCUACGCGGCCAGCAGCGGCUCCUCGGGCGAGCACGUCGUUGCCGUGGCCUCCGUCGAGGCCGACGUCCUCGCUUCCUCGUCCUUCAGGGGCGUGUUUUCCCUCGAGGGAGAGACGAAUGAGACGCGCGUUGCGUAUCGUGCUAUCGAGGAUUGGUAUCCUUCCGAAGUAAAAGACUGGCCCAUCGUGCCUCUGAACCUCAAUACCAGUACCGCAGACGAGGCGUGCAACCCGCUUCCUGUGGGAACUACCCCAGACCUCACGGGUGUGGUAGCCCUCGUCCGCCGGGGAGGCUGCAACUUCGACCAGAAGCAGCGCAACCUCGCCCCCUUCAACGCCUCGCACAUCCUCUUCUACAGUAACGAGAUGCCGCUCGUCCGCCCGACGACGGAAGACACGUCAAGCCUCAUCGCAAUGGUUGACGCGCGCGUCGGCGCCGCCAUCAUCGACACCGUCCGCGCGGGCGGCAAGGUGACGGCGGACUUUACGGAGCGUCCCAUCUUCCACAUUGUCGGCAUCAAGAACGAGGAGAAUGGCGGCGUCGCGAGCUCCUUCACUUCCAUUGGCGCCACCAAUGACCUCUUCAUUAAGCCUGAUGUCGCUGCGCCCGGCGGCCAGAUCUUGAGUUCUUACGUUGGCGGGGGAUACUCCAUCCUGAGCGGCACGUCCAUGAGUUGUCCCUACGUUGCCGGUGUGGCGGCUCUCUGGGCAGGCAAGUUCGGAGGACGUAGUGUCCAUGGGCCCGAGUGGGCAAAGAACCUCGCCAUGCGUCUAAUUUCCUCCGGCGAGGCCAUCAAAUGGGACGACGGCGCUCUUGAAAACAACCCAUAUGACUUCCUCGCGCCCGUAGCCCAAGUCGGAACGGGUCUCAUCAACGCCAGCAAAGUCCUCGAAUACGGCACCGCCCUCUCCUUUGCCAAAUUCGCCCUCAACGAUACCCGUCACUUUAGCCGGUACCACGCCGUCGACAUCACCAACGCCGGCGCCGAGCCCGUGACAUACACUUUUGAGCAGCAGGAGUUUGGUGGCAUGAACACCGUCAACCUCGACCCGACCGCCUGGGGAACGCCCAAGAUUGCGUGGUUCGAGGAGGUCCUGGCUGCACCCCAGAAGAUGACGCCCUCCAUCUCCUUUCCUGGCCCGUUGACUGUCCAGCCCGGGGAGACGAAGACUGCACAGUUCGGCUUCAACUACCCUGAUGCAGGGGCACAGGGCCUCGAUCCGGCAAAGCUGCCUCUAUAUAGCGGCAAGGUCCUGGUCAAGGGAAGUAACGGCGAGACGCUCGGUGUACCAUACCUGGGCCUGGCAGCGGAUCUGCACAAGGACGUAGGCAUCAUGUUCCAGUAUCCCACGGGCUUCCCGCGCAUCACAUCCACGCGUAGCGACAUUCCCAUUGCCCAGAAAGCCAACUUCACCUUCAACCUUGACCCGGCGGUCCAGGACUUUCCCAACCUGUACGCCCGGGUGCAGUACGCCACCCGCGAGCUGCGGUGGGACAUAUUCGAUGCGUCCUGGGUGGAGAGAGACUGGAAGUAUCCUCCCGUCGUCGGGGAGGCUGGCUUCGUGGGCGCAGCGACGAGCUGGUCAAAGGCCUCGGGAAAGAUGUUCAUCGAUCCCAGCGUGGAUGACCCGAAUGAUAUCAUUACACUGCCAAUGCGCGUUGUGCCGAGAGAUAUUGUUGGCGUGUACGGUGUUGAGUUGUGGUGGCUGGGCCGUCUGGCGAAUGGUACGCAAAUCGCACCGGGCAAGUAUAAGAUGCGAUUCGCUGCGUUGGUUCCGUUUGGGAACCCUGAGGCUUCGGAUAACUGGGAUGUCUACGAGACUCCUGCAUUUGAAGUCUUGCCUCUGUCAGUUUGAGGGUUGAGUUGAGCAUGAGUGAGGCUUAAGGGGCAGGGUAUCAGUAAUAGCAUCAUCUAAUAAUUGCCACUCAAGUAUACGUGUAGACACAAGAUCAUCUCUACAAGGUAUAUGCUUCAUAUUGGGUAUUAUGUCUCAGACUUUGAACUUAGCAGGGGUCGCCUGUAGGCGUGCUGCCAGUCUCAUCGUCUGAUUUAGAUGGCUAUAAAUGACUGGCUAUAAAUGACUGAGCGCCUCGAAAGGGAUAUGUUCUGGUAUCUUAAACUCGUAAACUUCAUCGUAAAUCACAACUUCUCCGUCUGGUUCCUGCUCAGGGUCUGGUGCUGCUCGGCAAGAAACACCUCUUCCGAGGUGAGCUGGUACUUGCCAGACUGGCGAGCCGAGAUACC